GAGAAGCUGUAAAUCAGAAGAAGUAGGCUAUGCAAGAGAACAAGUUAACUACUACGAGUGAACUAUUUAGUGAAACGCGAGGAGGAGAGUCUGGCGAAAAGUGAGCUGGCAGAUGCAACACAAUAUCAAGCCACUUGUCAGGAGGAAUCCAAGUUGCCUGCUGUUGGGACACUUCCACCGUGGGAAUCCAAGAAAUGAAAACCAUCUCUCUGCACUGAUAUGGUGUCGCCGCAGCAGCGCCACAGCAGAGACGUGCCAAUUUUCUUUUUUCAACACAAAUGACUGAUGAGAAAGUAGGCUGCUGUUUUCAUUUUUUUGCCCUCAGUAAUUCACAGAAGGAGCUUGCUGACAAGUGUUCAUCUCUAAUCAUUGUUGUCUUCAUCGUUUGCUGAGGACCACAUAAGCUUUACCUGGAGAGAGUCAAUCUGACAUUCGGCCCACCUGCGUUGAUGGUUUUGUAUUUUUGUUGCGGACAAAAACGGUGGCUGAAAGACAGACCACGUAAAGGUGGAUGCCAGUCUCCUGUGCUCGGGGCCAUAAUAGACAAACUGGAGAUCUCCAUGGUCCCGGCCCUGGUUCUGCUACCUGUCCUGCUGCGGGUUGCAGCGCUGCACUACCUGCUGGGUAUCACCAUCCUGACAGCUCUGCCCGGCCUGGUGCUGUGGUACUACUAUGCCACGCAUCGAAAAAAGAGACGCACCCUCUUCUUCCUCACUCUUGCUCUCUUCUCUCUGUUCUACAUGUAUUAUCUCUUCAUCACAGAGAUUUUUCCUCGUGGGGGUGUCAGCCAGCCGCAGGUGUUCACUGUGACGUUUGGGGUGAUUGUCACUAUCGUCUCUCUUAUUCACACCAAGAGAGGCCCAGGAUUUGUGACCACCUCCUUACAUGAAGCACGCAGCCACAGCCAGGAGAACAACAAGGACUCCACACACCUGAAUGGAUGUAUCCAAUCAGCAUCCUCCUCAGGGACUGCAGCAGAGCUGCAAACAACUACAGAGGCCCUGACCGCAAAAUGGAGCAGGUGUCCUGUGUGCAAAAUAAUGCGACCCCCGAGGGCCGGACACUGUCGUACCUGCGGGUCCUGUGUCCUCCGUCUGGACCACCACUGCAUCUGGAUAAACAGCUGUGUCGGACAGGCAAACCAUCGUGGUUUCCUUUUCACCCUCGCUGUGUUCGUGUCGACCUCUCUGUAUGGGAUCAGUUUGGUGCUCUGCAGCCUCUGUCCUCGACAGUAUCUGAUGACGGCUCUGCUCUACUGCCCUGGCGUCUACAGUCAGACCAGCCUUGCUCUUUGCUUCACAUGUGCCUGGUACAGCAGCAUCGUCACAGGUGGGCUGUUUUACCUGUUGGUGGUACAAGUACUGAACAUCAGCUUUAAUGUGACAGAGCGGGAGGCUCAGCUGGCUCUGAGGAACAAAACAGGACAGAGACGCCUGUGGGGGCUUGUCGUUGACACAGGAGAGUAUUCACGUGGCUUCUGUCAGAACUGGGUUGAGUUCCUCACCAUGGCAGAUGCUUCGGUGUCUUCUCGCUCCAGCCUCACUGACUUGGUCUAGUUUCACUUUGUACUAAUAUCAUGAUAACAGACUGUUAAAACAGCAUGCGUGAAGAAUUACAUUUCAUGUAUUUCUUAGGAUAUAUCAGAUGAUGUCUUUAGAUGUUUGUUGCAUUCCAGCCUCUUAAUACAACGCAUAAACCCUUUGAAACUUCAACUUAGACAUAAUUCCUGCA